AUGAGAUAUAAGACAAUUAAGGAAAGGAACAGCAAAACUGGAAAUGACCGCCAAACCUGGUUCCAUUAUAACCAAAUGGAUGAUCUGUUAAGAGGUGAUCCUGCGGUGAACCCCGUAAGUUUGGCAUCAUCGAUGCAAGCUGAAGGAGAACCAACCACAAAAAGACCACCCUCCAAAAAAAGACGACAACAAGAGCCAUCAUGGAUAGUAGAAUAUAGAGGAGAAUUAAAGACCAUGCACGCAGAGCGGAUGGAGUUAGAAAGAGAGAAACUUAAACUAGAGGAAAGGAGGGUUGCUGUGUUAGAAAAACUAUUAAAAGACAAUUAAAAUUAAUAACGGAUGUGUUCAUUUAUUUAUUUACCUAAUUGAUUAAUCUAAUUUUUUUCGUUUAUUUAUUUUAAAUUUAUUUAUUUACUAGCAUACAUUUAAUGUAUCAAAUCCUCCUGUUCAUCUGAUGUCAUAGAUAGCUACAGUUUACUUAUUCAAAGUGAAAUUCUUAAGCGAAUUUAGAAAUUCAGAUAUUUAAU